GGGCUCGGUAAUAGAGAAGGCAGUGAAUCACGAUUUUAAGUCGCUUGAAAGUGAGACAGUGUAAUUCUUACAGUAACACUGUUCUUGGAGCGAGGCUUCAGAGACGGGGGUUUAGUUUAAGGGUCCAAGCCAGAUUUCCGGACUUCCCGACAGGGCAAUGUUACUGAUGCAAAAAUCAGGAAAAAAUAAAAAGCAUCUUAUUGCCUUAGGAGUCGCUCUCCAUCGCCUGGAGUCACGAGGAGCUCAGUGGUGGUAAGGUGUGAAUCACCCUGGGCGAGAGCUCAGCGGCGCGGGGAUGUUGCGACACAGCAACAGCGGUGGAAAUAAACGCACGUUGGGCAUCUCCAGCCUCUUCCCCCUUUCUGCGGGCCCGGGGACCUGGGGAGCCAGCCGAAAUCUGAAGGGCAGCUCUCUGAACUCCGUUGGUGUCGUCGAUGGCGUGGACAGCCCUGGAGAAGACCCCGGCUACAUCAUGCAGCUGGUUAACGACGUGCGUCAGGUCGCUGACGUCCUCCUGCGUCUUAAGGAGUCCUUCCUGUCCGAAGAGAAUCAAGAUUACCUCCAUCAAGUGGUCCAGGAACGGCUGGGGGACCUACUGCGAGUCCUGAAGGCAGUAAUCGGCAAACACCGUGUGCUGAACUCCGUGGAAAUCCUCAGCGCUGCAGGAACUGUGAUCGCAAGGGUGAAAGGUGUGAACUUCAAGGAGGUGAAUGAAGAGAAUAAGAGGAACCUUUUUGAUGAGAUACACUCUUCUAUCGACACGUUUGCAUUCACUUUUGGCAAUGUAGUGUCAGACUUCCUUAUGGGAGAUGUGGACAGAGGAUCAGCACUGGGACUGACCCAGACUCUCAAAAGCCGAUCUUUUGAGAACCUUUGUGCAGAGUCUGGGGGAUCUUCUCCUGAAAAGGAUGACAGCCCAGGGUCACCACGGGCGGAGGAGGUGGACAGCGUGCUCUUGGGCAGUGACAAUGGUGUGGAAUCGGCGCUGCUCUAUGCCAAGGCCUGGUCGAAGUACGCCAAGGACCUUCUGGCCUGGGUGGAGAAGAGGCUCAGCCUGGAUAUCGAAUGCGCGAAAGCCUUCGCCAAAAUGGCAGAAUCUGCGAAGACACUCACAAGUCAGCAGGUGUACAUGCCAUUCCAGGAGGCUUACAUCUCCGCCUUUAAAAAUGACAUUGAGUACAGCCAAUUGGUGCUGCAAACUGCCGCUGCUCUCCAGUCAAACAAAUUCACUCAGCCCCUGCUAGCUAGGAAGAAUGAACUGGACAAACGUAGGAAAGAGAUCAAGGAGCAGUGGCAGAGGGAACAAAAAAAAAUUCAAGAAGCAGAAAAUGCGCUGCGGAAGGCCAGGCUCCUGCAGGCCCAGAGGCUGGAGGAGUACGAGCGGGCACGCUCCUGCACCAGCCGCGCCGAGGAGGAGCAGCUAGCCAGUGGAGGCAAGCAGCUGGAGAAGAGGAGGAGGAUGGAGGAGGAGGCGCUGCAGAAGGCCGAAGAGGCCAAGGAGCAGUACAAAGCCUGCGUUGCCGACGUGGGGGUGAAGAGGGUGGAGCUGGCGAGCGUCAAGGGCGAAAUCCUCACGCAGAUUCGAGAGCUGGUGUUCCAGUGCGACUUGACGUUGAAAGCCGUGACAGUGAACUGGUUCCAGAUGCAGCAGGCUCUGGCCAUCUCCCUUCCAUUAAAACACCAGUCGCUCUGUGAGACAGCCAAGCUGUACGAUCCGGGACGGCGCUACAUGGAGUUCGUCAGGAACCUGCCCAGGGAGCGCUGCAGGGGAGAGGCCUUCUGCUUUGACGGGCCCGUGCCCCAGAAUGCUGGGUUGCAGCCGCAUAAGCGGACGGGGAUCUGCACCAGCUACUCCCACGGAAACCUUUCACAAAUGUCCCUCAACUCCGGGGACCACAGCAAUGAGGAGGUGGGCAGUCCGGUCCAGUCACGCAUGGGGAGGAAGAUCGGAGAAAGGCGAUCCAACAGCAGCACGGACAUCCAAGCGCUAAAGGUCCAGGCCACGUUUCGCGGCUGGAGCCUGGCUGGUCAGGGAGGUGGGAUGUGCAGCGACUCUGAGAGCGCCGGGGGCAGCAGCGAGUCCCGCUCCGUGGACUCUCCGACCGCCAGCCCAGGUGACUUCAAACGGAGGAUCCCCAGGACCCCCUCGACAGGCACCAUGUCCUCGGCGGACGACCUGGACGAGAGGGAGCCGUCGUCACCUUUGGAUACCGGGUUGAGUGACAUGGUGAAUGAGACUAGCAGCUCUCCUGGACCUUUCCGGAAUGCUCACAUGUCCAAAGCUGCCCAGACGCACAAGCUACGGAAGCUGCGCUCCCCUUCCAAAUGCCGGGAAUGUGAUGGUCUGGUCGUGUUCCAUGGGGCAGAGUGUGAGGAGUGCUCUCUUGCUUGCCACAAAAAGUGCCUGGAGACGCUGGCGAUCCAGUGUGGCCACAGGAAGCUGCAGGGCAGACUGCACCUCUUUGGGAUCGACUUCACACAGGCCGCCCAGAACAACCCCGACGGCAUCCCCUUCAUCAUCAGGAAAUGCACGUCGGAGAUCGAACACCGCGCUUUAACCGUCAAGGGUAUAUACCGCAUCAAUGGGGCGAAGUCCCGGGUGGAGAAGCUGUGUCAGGCUUUUGAAAACGGCAAGGACCUGGUUGAACUCUCUGAGCUGUACCCUCACGACAUCAGCAACGUGCUCAAACUCUACCUGCGGCAGCUCCCAGAGCCGCUGAUCCUGUUCCGUUUCUACAACGACUUCAUCGGCCUGGCGAAGGAGAGCCAGAGCAUCAUCGUGGACGAGGUGGACAAGGCCACCGGGGACGCCGUCACCGACCAAUCCCAGGGCAGCGUCCAGUUCAACCGGCUGCUGUUCAAGGUCAAGGACCUGCUGCGGCAGCUGCCCCUCGCACACUACCGGACCCUCCGCUUCCUCAUAGGUCACCUGCACAGAGUGACAGAGAAGGCGGACGAGAACAAAAUGACAGCCAGCAAUUUGGGAAUCAUCUUUGGGCCCACGCUCAUCAAACCGAGGCAGGUGGACGCGGACGUUUCGCUGUCCUCGCUAGUGGACUACCCCUACCAGGCCCUCAUCGUGGAGCUCCUGAUCCGCCACUACGAAAAGAUCUUUGACAUCUCCACCAGCCCAUCGCUCCCAGCAGGCGGGACCUCUCCAGGAACCCCAAAAGACAUGCCACCAAGACUGACCCCCCAGGAGAAGGAACAGAUGCUCAGCAGGCAUUCAAAGUCUCUGGUGGACAUCAAGGAGGAGAGCGUUAAAGUGUACAAACGGCACUCGUCUGUAAUUCCUUCUAAUCGUUUGUUGGAUGAGGUAAUGGAAACAAAAGACAGCUCAGACUGGAGGAAGACAUCAUCUGUUUUCAGCUCGGUGUCAGAAGAACUCAACGGACAUGAGGAGGAGAUCCAUAGAUCCACGUUGGUAUUUAGCAAGUCCUAUGACAGCCCAACCAAAACCCAUCAGCGCCCUCUGCGGACCAGACUGGCGUCUCGGCCCGUGAGCCUCGCCCUAGAUAACCCAUCCGGCCCGGCCCAGGCCGAUGAGGUAAACUCCAGAAGCACUGCAGAUUGUGAAUGCAGUCCUCCCAUACAGGAACUGGAGGAACCAGACCGGUCCGGCGCCAGCAUUAACAGCCACAGUCAAGACACACGUGUCAAAAAUCUGACCCUCAGGAGAACAUGGGACAAGCAGUACAGGCAUUACAGCGUUACUCCUAGGACUGCGAAGACUACGGUCAAUGUUUCUCCUCAACAGGAAUCAGGGGAAUUUGAGAAACUGUCUUUGACUAUACCAUCGGAAUACGUUAAAGGAGGCUUCAAGAAUGAUGCAAACGACUCCAGCCCUAAACCUACUGCCUCGAGGGCACCCCGGACAUUACAGCCCCCACCUGGAACAUUCUACAAACCUUCUCAGAACAACACUACGACACAGUCCUCAGAUGUGGACGUGAAGGCAUACGUUUCACCCACCAACAGCGCGGGAGAGGUGAGUGUGGAGGUGGAGGAGUCUGUCGAUGAAGUUUCUGUUGACGCUGAGGUGGAAUCUACAAAUGUUCUUGUGACACAGCCCCAGUUUUCUGGCUGCGGCGUGCAGGACGCACUCCCAGUCAAGCCAGUAUACCAGAGACUGCGACCCCGACGCCUGCCGGAGCUGGAGCACAGGGAAGCACAUUUCGUAUGACAGCUUACAUCAUGUAAAUCGUCAGCCAUGUUGUGCCAUAUCGUACAUGAAGAAGAACAUAUGACAAUGAACCAUGGAAGUGUUACAUGUAUUUAUGCAUUCUUAUUAAUCUGUUUGCCACUGUUGCUGGAAUAAGCACACAAUUGCUCCCUAAAAUGAUGUUGCACUUAAUGAUAAAAUUAUUUAAUGUUACAUACAUAUUUAGGGCAAUAGAAAAGAACAAGUCGGUCAUGUAUAUCGCUGCCAUUUUUAAACUAUGAACGAUGAAGGGAAACGUUUUUUACAUAAUGUUUUUAAGCAACAUAAUAAACAUGUUUAUACAUUCUUCACACGUUGACCAAUGUGCAAAGUUAAUUUUUUUUUGUCACUAUCUGUAUGUUUAUUUGCCAAAAAAUGAUUUAAAAUUUGUUACUUUUUUUUGUUACGUCACUUUAUUUUAAUUAUUAUAGUGCACUUACUUGGUUGCAAUCAGUCACAUUUUCCAAAUGGUCUUUCCGCUCAUUGGAUGCUGUGCUCUGGAAGAGGUUGAGUAAAUUAAUACCCCCCCAGGCGAUAGUGUCUGUACAUGUAGACCUAUGCAUAAGUUAAGCAAGUACAUCUGAUGUUCUGUGUAUUCUGUAUAUCUGUUAAUGUCCUCUGUCUAUCACCUGCAAUGAAUGAUUGUUGUAAAAAAUAUGUAUUGACUGUAUACCUUUUUGCAAGCAAUUCAUAAGACCAUGAAACUCAUUUUUAUUAACUUUUAAUAAGUUCUUAAAUAAAUACCCAAAGCAGCUUUAAAAUAUACCAGGACAUGGAUGGCUGUAAAUACUUCAUGGUAUAUUCAUCAUCAUCCUAACCAAGAUAAGUGGUUAGAAAAUGGGCUGAUGGACCAAUGAGUGGAUGUUCAUCCUUUGUUCAUCAGAACAAAAUAUUUUUAUGAUCUAAGGUUUUUGAGUUGUUUGGAUGCUAAUGAAAACAAUAGGUACCAGCUGAAUUUAUGCAUAUGAAGUCAAAUGAACACAGCAGGUUCUGUUAUAGUCAUACUGAUAUAUACUUUUGGAUAAAAUGACUACAGUAGGAUGUGUUAUGAGUCACUUCUCUUGACUUUUUUUUUUUGAUUGCUUAACAUUCUGUUUCAGUCUUUGGUGAGGGGAGCGCCAAAAUACUGCAUCCAGAAGAAACACUGAAAUAUUAAUAUUUAAACAACUGAUUGGUCUAUAGCUAUUAUAUUGUAUAUAUUGUAUCUGGCUAAUGAUGUAUUGCCGAUGCUUAUUUUUAUUACCUCCUCUGUCAUUUUGCUUGUACAUGUGUUUAUAUAUAAUUAUAUUAACUAUUACAGCCAA